AUGUCUUUCCCGAAGACGAUCCAGGCGAUUGCGAUCAACAAGAAUGGAGAGGUCGAUGUCAUCAACAAGGAGGCCGUACCCUUCCCCGAGCAUGUACCUGGGAAUGUCAUCGUUAAGGUCAACUAUGGCGGUGUCAACUUCAUCGACACCUACUUCAGGAAGGGUCUCUACCCGGCGAAGUCGUUCCCUCUCACGCUUGGGCAAGAGGCCUCGGGCACCAUCGCGGCUCUUCCCACAGAUGAGAAGGUGCUGAAUGACAAGCAGUACAAGAAGCGCGGAUUGAAGGUCGGGGACAGGGUGGCUAUAUUCACCUCUGCAGCACAUGCAGAGUAUGCGUCCGUUCCAUGGGUCAAGGUCUUUGCAGUACCCAACAAUGUCUCUCUCAUCACCGCAGGUGCUGCCCUGCUGCAAGGCCUCACUGCCCUAACUUUUAUCACGGAGUCAUAUGACGUCAAGAAGGGCGACUACGUCUUCGUGCACACCGUCGCCGGCGGGCUCGGUCUGCUCUUCGCCCAGUUGGCCAAGCACCGCGGCGCGAUCGUGAUCGGCACGACAUCGACGCAGGAGAAGGCGGACAUUGCGAAGCAGCACGGCGCGGACCACGUCAUCCUCUACCCCGUGGAGAACACUGUUGACCGUGUGCUCGAGAUUACGAAGGAGAGGGCGUGCAUGUCAUCUACGAUGGGGUUGGGAAGGAUACGACGAUUUAAGUUUAUUCGGAGGAAAGGCACGAUCGUUUGCGUCGGAAAUGCAUCCGGAGCUGUGCCGCCUUUCCCACCCCUCAAGCUGGUCGAGAAGAACUUGAAGCUGCUGCGGCCUUCUGCAAUUAACUACAUCGUCACUCCGGAAGAGUCGCUCCAAUACGGGACAGAGCUCUUCCAGCUGAUCGCGAGCGGUGUCGCCAAGAUCAACAUAUACAAGGAAUACCCCUUCACGACGGAAGGUGCGCGGGAAGCACAGACGGACCUAGCCCAGCGGGGUGGAAAGACUUUCGGAAAGUUGAUUAUCAAGAUCGCAGACGAGUAG